CUCUCUCAAGCAAGCUGGACAUGAAGUAGCCGGCAACCAAAAGAAGCUAAGGGCUACAACUUUAAAAAAUGGUUUAUUUCUCCUUUAACAAAAUCAUACAGCGUUCUCAAAACCCAAUUUAAAAAAACAGAAAACAGGAAGAAAGGGAAGAAGGCAAAGGCCACAUGCAUAGGCUGGCCUGGUCACACGCACCUGCUGGACUUAAAGGCACAUCAACCCACAGGCGUCUUUGGACUUGCAGAGACAUUCUGCGAGGCUUCUGGCCUCUCAAAGGCAAAGCUUUUCAGCGAUUUCAUUAGUUUCAUUACGUUGAGAUGAGAUGAAGGGGGAUGCUACGGAAAUAUGUCAGAGCCACAGAAACAGAACAGCUUAAGAAGGGCUGGGCGCCCAGCUCCAUGGUGUCAUCAGAAGCCUCUAUCUCCCUCUAUAAAGACGCCGUCUACACCCAGGGUGAGUCUCCUGAGCGGGGUCAGUGUUUGGGAGUGGGAGGCAGCUUGCUCGUCAGAGUCCAGUCCUUACGGCACAGUGCUUCACAGAAACGCACAGACAUCUAUGGCAGACGCUCAGACACGUGUGUGGAAGCGACGCGGCUCCUGUCUGGUAGUGGUUUGGACCGUUGGGAGGAGGAUGCGGGGCAGAGCGGGCCGCUGGCUCAGCGUCAGCUUGUUGGAAAAGGGUCACAGGCGGGGGAGCGCCUGACUCCAGCGGUGUCCUUCCUGCCCUCACACGUCAGUGCUGCUUCCCAUCAGUGACGGGGCUGACAAGAAACCAUGAGGCCCAGGUGACAAGCAGGCUCAGAACGUGUGACACCGUCUUCGGGAUGCUGCUUUCCGCUAAGUUGCUGUCUGGGAAAGUCAACCAUCUGUGUCCCAAAUCAACUCAGUGACACAGGUGCUAUUAUUUCUCACAAAUGCCAAUUAAAUCCUUUAAGAUGAAUAGAAACCUGGGUUGGAUUAAGUGGAAAAACGCUUCCUUAGUUUACGUUUUUUCUCAGGUGUUUUCAUUGAGUCUACUCAGGAACCCAGUCAGGCUGCCCAGGACACCUGGAACCUGGGCUAUGCCAGGCCUGUCUGCCACAGCCCUGCCUGCCCCACUUCCACAAAGGAAGAGAGGAUGAGGCGCUGUGGACGGCAGCGGCCGCAGUUCUCGGGAUCCAAGGACAUUCUCCUCACAGAGCACCUAGGGGAGGCUGGGCCUGGGGGCUGAUGCGCAGCGGCCGUCCUUGCUUAGCAGAGCGGCUCACCCUCGGAGGCCGCCCUGUCUGGUUCCUCCUCGUGGAAAGAGCUCACACUUUUCAGCAUUGCAGUUUUAACUCAGACCAAAGGGCAGACAUGGAGCAUGUGGGGCCAGAACGAGUGGGGUAAAUGAAGUCCUGAAAGCAGACCCCACUUCUGCUCAGCACCAGCGCGGUGGCGCAGUGGCCUGAGACACUGUGAGAACCCAGUCAGGGCGAGCGGGAGUCAUCUGAACGUGGAGGAAAGCGGCCAGGCUGACCGCGCACACCUCCCACCGCAGUGACAGCAUGCCGCUGCCUCCGUGCCUGCGCUUCCUGCACACGUUGUGUAUUUUCUGGUUAAAA